CCCACCUCCACCAGCCAAACGUCAAACUCCAGUCUUGUGAGGCGGUCGUUCGUAACUCUGCUUUGUCAAACUAAAUAGUGUUCAGUUAAAUAUUUCGCGAGGUUUCGUAAGCUGAUAUAAACCGUCAACUCAGUGAAAAAUCUAGGGCGUGUGUGUUCAGUGAAAACAGAGUUUAAAAUCUACGAUCAAAAAUGGCUUUUAACACCGAUAUUUCGAGCAAAUUAGAAACUAGCAGGAACACAUUAAGAAAAAUCGCAAGGCACGAUGAUACAGAAUUCUCAAAACAAAGCAUCUUGAAUGACAUGGAAAAAUUUGUCAAAAUGGUCAACACUAUGGAGGAAACCGUACUAGUACCGAGUCGUUUGAUGAAUUUGCCACAAGAGGGAGAUGACGAUCCGUUCAGUCUAUUCGCUAUGCUGAACAACUUAAAGACUGAACUUCUGUGGGCGGGUGAUGCUGAGGAGCAACUCGAACGUGGCAGACGUAUAUCUGACAUGAGUGACACGGAAAGUGAGACCUCCAGUGCCGCUGGAGACUCAGGCAUCGACGGUGAGGACGAGAGGGAGUCGGCUGCCCGUGCCGCUGCAGCGUGCAGACGUCACCUGAGGGGUCUCCGGCAUUCUCUCAGACAGCUGACCGCUGCUGCUGCACAUCUCACGAGGUCAUACCAGGAAGAAGUGGGUGCUCCGGUAUAAAGUGAACUGUGAUCAUACCCGUCCCGCACGAUGUACAUAUAGGCUAAACGGCCCACACUGUAAAUACUAGGUUAUAGGGCUGGGCGUGUUUGGGACCUUCUCUAAGUUAUAUUAUUAUAAUGUUAUGGCUAUUUAAUAAAUUUAAUUUCUUUGA